GUUCCCACCACAUUCCCAUUGGACUCUGCCAUGGGCCCUCCCCAGCUCAGUCUCAGGAUGCUGGUAUAACACCAGGUGGCUGCCAUCCAGAGGAGCUGUGGUGGGACAUCCCUGCCCACUGGGACACCCUCCUGCUCCCCACUCUGGGCAGAAGCCAUGGAUGCCCACGUGGACCUGCUGACCGAGCUGCAGCUGCUGGACAAGGUGCCCACGCUGGAGAGGCUGCGGGCAGCCCAGAAAAGGAGGGCUCAGCAGCUGAAGAAAUGGGCCCAGUAUGAGAAGGAGAUGCAGCACAAGAAGAGGAAGCAUGAAAAGAAGAGAAAUGCCGUGAACAGAAAGAAAGUGUCUUUUGAAGCCAGCGUUGCUCUGCUGGAGGCUUCUCUGAGGAAUGACGUGGAGGAAGUGUGUUACCUGCUGAAGAGCAACAUCAGCCCCGACCUGUGCAAUGAGGAUGGAUUGACUGCGCUGCAUCAGUGCUGCAUAGACAACUAUGAGGACAUAGUCAAGCUCCUCCUCAACCAUGGGGCCAAUGUCAAUGCCAAGGACAAUGAGCUGUGGACUCCUCUGCAUGCAGCAGCCACGUGUGGUCACAUCAACCUGGUGAAGAUCCUCAUCCAGCAUGGAGCAGACCUGUUGGCAGUCAAUGCAGAUGGCAACAUGCCAUAUGACCUCUGUGAAGAUGAGCCAACCCUGGAUGUCAUUGAGACUUGCAUGGCCUAUCAAGGGAUUACCCAGGAAAGGAUCAAUGAGAUGCGAGCUGCUCCAGAGCAGGUCAUGAUCUGUGACAUUCAUGACAUACUUGCAACUGGACAAGACCUGAACAGGACUGAUGCCCAAGGUGCUACGCUGCUGCAUAUAGCUGCAGCCAAUGGUUAUCUGCAUGCAGCUGAAGUGCUUCUUGACCAGGGGGCAAGCCUGGAUGUUAAGGACUGGGAUGGCUGGGAACCUCUGCAUGCUGCUGCUUUCUGGGGACAGAUGCAGAUGGCUGAAUUGCUUGUGUCCCAUGGGGCUAGUUUGAGUGCCAGGACAUCUUUGGAUGAAAUGCCAAUAGAUCUGUGUGAAGAGGAGGAAUUCAAAGUGCUGCUUCUGGAGCUGAAACACAAACACGAUGUGAUCAUGAAGUCUCAGAUGAGGCACAAAUCCUCCCUGAGCCGCAGGACCUCCAGCACGGGCAGCCGGGGGAAGGUGGUGAGGAGGGCCAGCCUUUCGGACAGGACAAACCUUUACAGGAAGGAGUGCGAGAAGGAGGCCAUGGUGUGGCAGCAGCUGGGGGCAGCAGAAGAAGGGAGAAACUCGGGUCUCAUUGGAGAAAUUGGGGACACUCGGUCUGAACAGGAGAAUACAGACCCUAAUUCAGUGCUGGAGAACUCCUCCCUCCUCCCGGAGCUAGCGAACAAAAGCACCCAGUGUGACACCGAGAUCCCUCUGCAGAACGGACUGAUGGCAUCUGCCAGCCCUUACCAGUACAGCUUUUCCAACGGGGACGUUUGGAGCAUGCACGCUGACCCUGACAGUAACCCCGGGCACGUUCUGCCCUACAGCAGCCCCGGGCUGCCCGAGGCCCCGCAGUUCUGGGGCACCUACAAGGAGCACAGCCACCAAACGCUGUCGGAACUGAAGCGGCAGCGAGCUGCAGCCAAACUGCUGCAGCACCCCUUCCUCAGCACCCACUUCAGCACUGGCAUGGCAGGGGUUGCUGAGAACGUGGGCGAGGCCAAGUCACACUUAAUCGAAUCCAGGACUUCUCCCUACAGCUCCAAUGGGACCUCAGUGUAUUACACAGUGUCCAGUGGUGAUCCACCCCUCUUGAAAUUCAAAGCUCCCAUGGAGGAAAUGGAAGAGAAGGUGCACGGGUGCUGCAGGAUUUCCUAGUCUGGUCUGUGUCUCACCCCAGAGGACACAAGACGUGGGUGGGCUGGUUGGAUCUAUCACAGUGGCCAGGUUGUUUGCAUUCCAAAGGGAGAAUUUGGUUAUGGACAUCCUGACUGUGGCAGCCUUGUUCAUCUCGAACUGUACUUUACCCUGCCAAUUACUUCCAUUGCAGCUGGAUGAGUAAUGCAGGUGGAGCAAGGCUCUUAGGAGAGGAAGGGAUGCACAUCAACAUGAUGUCCAAAGAGUCUCCUUAGUCUUGCUCCCUGGGGAAGAAGGUAUGGUGUGCUGCCUCCCCAUCCUUGGGAAGUCGUGAGAUGCCUUGGAACAAAGAAAGGAUCUGAAUUCAAAUCUUUGUGUCUGAUCCUCUUGCUGUAAGUCACCGAGCAGCUGGAAGGUGACAGUUCAGACCUGUGUUUUCACUCCUAGGUGAUGCACACAUCCUGGAGGGGAGGUCAGCCCCCACAGGAGGUUUGCAGGAGUGGACAGAGUUAUUUUCCACACGGCUGGAUCCAGCGCUUCCUGGGCUGGAGCAACAAGCAAGCACAGAUGCUGCACUUAAGAAGUUUGCAAGGUGUUACCUCCUUGCAGUGACAGCUCACCAUCACAAACUGUGCACUGGCUGGGUCCUGUUCUGCUCGUGUCACCUCGUUGCUGCAGACUGCCAUCAGGUUUGAAGCAGAACUUUUCCUGGAACAGACUUCACUCAACAGGCUUUAAAACUGAUGUUGCAAUAAAGGGGCCCUGGCAAUAGAAUUUUACUGCAAUAAAAUACUGACAAAGGUCUAUAUUGGGAUAAGUAAUUUAAAAAACUUAUUUGUACUAUUUAGACUCCUAAUUUGUUAAAACUGAAAAGACUUUUGUUGAUCUCA